GGAUGAUGCGACCGACCCUGGAUUUUUCGAGGAUGCACGGUACAUAUACAGUUAUGGGUAGAUGGCGGUUAAUCCCGAUACAUACUCGACCUAGAAUAGGCGUCGAGAACCACUUUGAUGUCUCAUCAAUUGCCUUUCAUGACACCAGCAAGAACUUGAAUAUACAUUGGUCAUACGUGUAUUGACUCAGGCAAUUGUUGAUGUAAAUCUCUACAUACUUAUGUAUUUCUGAUAUAUGAUCGAAAUUUCCUGAAUCUUUAUCACUUCGAUGCAGAUGUCGUUACGUCCAUUAACCUGGCGCUUUCAGAAAGUUAUUCGGCAUCGCGACUCUUUAUCUUAGCAAAGAAUCAGGCUUUAAAGCAGUCUAAUAAACAACCAACUGUUUGGAACCCAUACUUGAUGAAAGAUUAUAGUUUGGGUAGACGAAUUUUGAGGAACUUCCGACUGAAUCCGGGUGGCGCAUCAGCAUCAUGUGGCAAUACGCCUUAAUCCUGCUUUUGGUGUUGGUGACGUCAUCAUUAUGCGCAGACGAGCCAGACCUGAAGGGAGCUUACGGGGCGAUCUCCACAGCAAUAGAGGAAAUAAAGAAAAGUCAGUCCGAGUCUUCUACGCAGCUUAAACUCCUGACAGGGCAGACGAUGAUGAUGCAGCUGGCUUCCGAGGAGCGAAUCCGGUCUGAGGGAAGUUCUGGAAUCAAACAGAACCGGGUUGUGGAGACGGGCACAAGACCGUAUUUCGCCGAUUCCUUCACCGGUCGACGAAUUGCGGCCGUUCACAACCAUGCCAACCAUAGAGGCACCGUCGGCAUGGGAGAGUUUGUGGCUGUUCUCAACGGCCUCGAGUUCAGAACGAGGCACAAUGAUUACAGACUGAAAAGGCCAUCCACGAGUAGCAAGACAUAUAAGGAGGUUGAGGACAUACCCUACCCAGAUGUACCAGCGGGACUUAAAGGCAUGUCACUCGAAAAGCAGAUGACAGAAAUGAAGGAAUGGUUUAAAGCUUGGAGAGAUUCGGAUCGUUCUAAAAAAGAUUCCAAUAAUAAUGACUACAGGAAGUUUUUCAAACCAAACCUAUGCUACCUCGAAGGAUUCUGGACACUUCCAAAGAAUGCAGACGGUAGCGAUUCAGUUGAUGAACCCUUCGCUAGCGACCGCCACGCCAUUGACGCCUCAACGUGGCAUGACUUGCUACAGAAGAUACGAUUUAGCUCCUACACCGGGAGGAAGGAUGCUGGUGAGAACUAUGCGUUCUUGCCGACCAAGAUCAUUGAUGUUAUCAAUGAUACCAUUCCUGUUUACGCUCAGUGGUUUUAUCGAAUUCUCUGCCACCCUCUGAAACAAGAUAUCCCCCUGAAUGGUUUCCGAGUGAUAGACGACAUCAACUCAAGGCAGCGAUUUCAUAAGUCACGAGAAGAUUUUGCUAAUUCUAGGGCUGCGAGGUUUCAGUUGCACCACGAGCUUGACCAGGGUGGCCCGCUCGACUGGAAGGAAACGGGUCACAAAGCGGCAUUCUUGGACAAGUUGAUGGAAGAUAUCCCAGGACUCGACAACUACAAUGCAACAUUAGAAGAUGAUGCGUUCGGUUUCAAAGCCUAUAAACUUGGCGAGAUGGAUCCAAACGCAGCUACAUUGAAUGCCGCUUACUACCAUCGAUAUUUCAAAGAAUUUAAGAAGGGGGCCAUGGGUUCGGGGAAUCGGAAGCGAGGCUUUUCAGACCCGUCUGUUUUCAUGGCGAUGACGUCACAGGAACAGGUAGCGCCAUCUACCCUCGCGAUGUGUUCAAAGAAUGGGAGAAAUUGUAAAUAUUACAAACAACGUUGGACCUAUGCGAUACCCUUGGAAAUUAUCUACACCACACCGCUUCAGACCUGGAAUCCACUUGACCUCGCGUACCACGGGAAUUUCAAAGAAGCUCCUGCCGCGGUCGUUACUGGUGGGAGCUUUACGGAUGGGAGAAUCAAGAUGGGUACACGAAAUGGUAGGUCAGGUGACAAGGCCUACAAUGGCACCAACAGUAAUACUUAUUACCUGACGCCGAAAGCCUUCUUCACGGGAGGAGAGAUUAGUGAAAAGGAUGCUGCCGAUACCGCCAAGAAUUCAGUCUAUGUUCUUGACAAGAACAAUGUCGUUCAAGCGGUUAGCUCCUCGGGUAUCAGAGUACACCUCCCGAACAUUCCCGAUGUUGGCGUGCUCCGUCAAAGAUGGCCGAUCAUGCCAGUCCAUGGUGAAGGCAGCGCCGUUUGGAAGGAGAUGGAUGCACUAAAGGAUAUAAUCAUGAACGGGCAAACAAACUGUAAAAUGCUGUACGAACAGCAAUCCUGCAGUGCGAGUGCCACGGGAGGACGAAAGAAGAGAGAUAUGGAAGAGAUUGAUCCCGAAUUUGACGAUUGAUUUACUGUUUAAAGUGGAAGCACUGAUAUAUAUAU